AUGGCGUCGGACCCAGCACCGUCCACGGACAAGUGGAUGAAUUUUCUGACGGAGGCGAAUCUCGACGACGACACCUACGUGCCCGGUGUGCUGCUGCCGUCGCAGCCUGCGUUAGAGCAGGUCGCGUGCAGCGCCGAGGGCGGCGGCGGCAACACGGAGGAAGGCGAAAAGACGGGUUCCAGUAGCAGGAAGAGGUCGCGGGAUGAGGGCGCGGCCACUGCUGACGUGUCAUGCAGCAAGGCCAACCGGGAGAAGAUGAGACGCGACCGACUCAACGACAGGUUUCUGGAGUUCCUGGAGCUGAGCCGGUCACUGGAACCAGGGAAAGCUCCCAAGGCGGACAAGGCGAGCAUCCUGUGUGACGCGGUCCGCGUGCUCUCCCAGCUGCGCGCCGAGCGCGAGGCCCUCAAGGAGAGCAACGCGGCGCUGCAGGAGCAGAUCAAGGAGCUCAAGGUGCGAUGGGGGGCUGGGGGUCUGUGGGGGGGAGGGGUGUGCAGGGGGUUGUGCUGGGUGGGGAGGGGUUGUGGUGAUGAUGCUGCCCUCAAGGAGAGCAAUGCGGCGCUGCAGGAGCAGAUCAAGGAGCUCUCAAGGCUGAGAAGCACGAGCUCUGCUGAGAAACAUGAGCUCCGUGAAGAGAAGGCCCGCCUGAAGGUGGAGAGCGAGAAACUGCAGCAGCACGUCAACGGUUCUGCUGCUAUUGAUAGUUCUCACAAGCAGCCCGUCCCCUCCCCACUCUUCCUCCCCUGUCCGUGCAGGCUGAGAAGCACGAGUUACCCGCACCCCCACGCUGCGGCCAUGCAUGCAGCUGCUGCUGCGUAUGCGGCUCAGAUGCAGCAGUGCCAGCAGAUGGCUCUCGGCACUCCCAAGGGAGCACACAUGGGAGGCAUGACCACUCCCAUGCCAGCUCCCAUGUCUGCUCCUAUGCCUACUCCCAUGACUGCUGCUGCUGUGUCGCACGCUGUGUCGCAUGCCGUGUCCCAUCCAGUGGGUCAGCCUGUGCCUCAGCCGAUGCAUCAGCCAGGGGUGUUUGCGGGCGGUCCGCCGCCCAUGGCCAUGUGGCAAUGGAUGGCGCCUACCUCAGUUGACACCUCCCAGGACCACAUGCUCCGGCCGCCUGUGGCUUAG